AUGGAAUAUGUGCAUGAUAUUAAGUUAAUUUUAGGUGCCAAGAAAGCAAACACCAAAAGUAGAUUGCUAAAUGAGAGUGUCACCAUAGCUAAAUUUGAAGAAAAAUUCUAAAUCACCACAAUGGUUGAUGUUGACUCAGAUGGAAAACCAUCCAAAGAAAAGAUGUCAAAACUUACUGUAUAUUCAAUUGCUAAGGAUAAGAGCAAGACUUCAUUAGGAGAGGCUGAUUUGAAUCUGUGUGAUUAUGGCGAAAAUGACUACAGGAAUCUUAAACUGCCAUUGAGGAAAUGUGAUGACUCAGCAGCUUACAUUGAAGUAGCAAUCAGAGGUACUUAAGCUCAAGAAAAGACUCCUAGAGGCCGUGAAUCAAUUGAUAGCAAUAACUAGCUUAGCAUGGCUUUAGAGGACCUUGAGAAGGAGAAAAGAGCAACCAAAAAGAUCAAGCAAGAUAAAGAAGAGUAGAUUAGAACCUUAACUGAAAAGAUUAACACAUUACAGACAAAUCUUGAGAAUACCAAGACUGAGGUGGCUCACCUGCACAAGUAAAAAAGAGGGCUAACAGAGGAUAAAGAACGCAUGGAUAAAGAAACAGAAAGUCUUAAGAAAAAAGUUGAGUUGAGAGAUCUUAGUAUUGCUGAUAAGGAUCAUGAAAUUCAAAAGAUUAAAGAUAAAUAGAAGGAAUUCGAACAAAAGUUCCAAGAAUUAAACAAUCAAAUUGAAAACAAGAAGAAUCAAACUUUGAAAGAGAUUGCAGAGGCCCAUCAAAGAUUAGAGGAAACCGUGAAACAAGUAAGAAAGUUUUACGACUAUGAAAGAUUUGACAUUGACUAUCUUGGGGAUGCUGUACUUUUCUCAAAAGCUGAUGUUCCUCAGAGCUAAAACCAGGUAGUCAUCACAACUCCAGGCUCCAGAUAAUACAGAGGCAGAUGA